AUGGCGCUCCCCAUCAAGUUCACUGAACUGACCCAGACACUAGAGUCCGACCACUUUGUCUGCGUCCGCCAAAAACUUAAUGAACAAGACAAACCUCAAGUCAUAAUCAUAAACCUCAAGAAGAACAAUGAAGUCAUCAAGCGAGCUAUCAGUGCCGAUAGUGCUAUCAUGCACUGGUCCCGCGAAAUUCUGGCCCUCAAAGCUCAGGGCAGAACCAUUCAGGUCUUUGACCUGGGGGCCAAGGCCAAGCUCAAAUCCACACAGAUGAACGAGGAUGUUGUCUUCUGGAAAUGGUACAGCGAGCGCAGCUUGGGACUGGUAACGGAUAGUUCCGUAUAUCACUGGGAUGUCUUCGACCCAACACAAUCUGCCCCUGUCAAAAUCUUCGAGCGAAACGCCAAUCUCAAUGGCUGCCAGAUCAUCAACUACCGCGUCAGUGAUGAUGAACAGUGGUCUGUAGUAGUUGGUAUCUCUCAAAAAGAAGGAAGGGUCGCUGGUACAAUGCAACUCUAUUCCCGGAACCGGGGUAUUUCCCAGCACAUCGAAGGUCAUGCGGCAGCAUUUGGAACAUACCAAGGAGAGGGUAUGGCCGCACCCUACAAGUUGUUCACCUUUGCGGUUCGAAACUCCGCGGGUCAGGGCAAGCUGCACGUGGUCGAAAUCGAUCACGACGAGAACAACCCACGUUUCAAUAAGAAAGCUGUCGACCUCUAUUUCCCAGAAGAAGCCGCCAGCGACUUCCCGGUUGCCAUGCAGAUCUCCAAGAAGUACAGUAUUAUUUACCUGAUAACCAAGUAUGGCUUCAUACACCUCUAUGACCUGGAGACUGCAACCUGCUUGUUCAUGAAUCGCAUCUCCAGCGAAACCAUCUUUGUCACAACUUCCGACUCCGAGUCGGCCGGUUUUGUUGGCAUCAACCGAAAAGGACAGGUUUUGUCUGUGAGCAUUGACGAGAACACUGUCAUCCCAUAUCUCCUUCAGAAUCCCGCCAAUUCGGCCUUGGCUGUCAAGCUGGCUUCGAGGGCAGGCUUGCCAGGUGCCGAUAACCUCUACCAACAGCAAUUUGAGACUCUGUUUGCGCAAGGGCAAUACGCGGAAGCGGCUCAGAUUGCGGCAGACUCUCCAAGAGGCUUUUUGAGAACCCCCGAAACUAUCAAUCGCUUCAAAAGUGCACCUCAGCAAGCCGGCCAGCUGUCUGUCAUCCUCCAAUAUUUCGGAAAGCUCCUAGAUAAGGGAAAGCUGAACAAGUAUGAAAGUGUCGAGCUGAUCAAACCCGUCCUGGCCCAGAACCGAAAAAAUCUACUCGACAAGUGGAUGAGCGAAGGCAAAUUAGAAUCUUCCGAGGAGCUUGGUGAUAUUGUCCGGCUCCACGACUUGGAGAUGGCCCUGAAAAUCUACAGAGAAUCGAAUGCCGCACCAAAGGUUGUUGCAGCGCUGGCAGAGACUGGCCGUUUCGAAGAAAUCCUUCCAUAUGCCCAACAGACAGGAUACCAACCCGACUUCACCAACUUGCUACAACAUAUCGUCCGAUCUAACCCUGAGAAGGGUUCAGAGUUUGCCACUCAGCUUGCCAACCAUGAAGGUGGCCCGCUUGUCGACAUUGACAGGGUGGUCGAUGUCUUCAUGUCCCAGAACAUGGUCCAGCAGGCUACAGCCUUCCUGCUAGAUGCCUUGAAGGAAAAUCGCCCAGAGCAAGGGCAACUUCAGACUCGUCUAUUGGAGAUGAAUCUUCUCAAUGCUCCUCAAGUCGCCGAUGCUAUCCUUGGGAACGAAAUGUUCUCUCACUACGACAAGCCAAGAGUUGCUCGAUUGUGUGAACAAGCAGGUCUCCUUCAACGUGCUUUGGAGAAUACGGAUGACACAGCCUCCAUCAAGCGCAUCAUCGUUCAAACUGACAAGCUGAACCCUGAAUGGCUACAACAGUACUUUGGCAGAAUGUCAGUAGAACAGAGCCUAGACUCUUUGGACGAAAUGCUAAAGGUCAACAUUCGCCAGAAUCUUGCUGCUGUUGUACAGAUCGCUACCAAAUUCUCUGAUCUCUUGGGUUCAAACCGACUGGUCGCUUUGUUCGAAAAGCAUCGUACCGCUGAGGGUCUCUACUACUACCUCGGAAGCAUCGUUAACCUCAGCGAAGACGCGGAUGUGGUCUUCAAAUAUCUUGAGGCUGCUGUCACCAUGCAGCAAUUCCAAGAAGUUGAGCGAAUCUGUCGCGAAAACAAUCACUACAACCCCGAGAAAGUGAAGAAUUUCUUGAUUGAAGUCAAGUUGGCCGAGCAACUUCCACUCAUAAUUGUUUGUGAUCGUUUCAACUUCGUCAAGGAUUUGGUCAACUAUCUAUACCGCAACCAACAAUACAAGUCCAUCGAGGUUUAUGUUCAGCGUGUGAAUCCUGCUCGAACCCCAGCUGUUGUGGGCGCCCUCUUGUCUCUUGACUGCGAAGAAUCUGUCAUCAAGAAUCUGCUAGCCUCUGUCGACCCAUCUGCUGUGCCCAUUGAUGAACUUGUGUCUGAAGUUGAGACACAAAAUCGACUCAAGAUUCUGCUGCCAUUCCUCGAGGCAACUCUUUCAAGCGGAAAUCAACAACCCGCAGUCUACAAUGCCCUUGCAAAGAUUUAUAUUGACAGCAACUCGAAUCCGGAGCAGUUUUUGAAGGAGAACGAUCUCUAUGAUACUCUGACAGUCGGCAAAUACUGCGAGAAGAGAGACCCUAAUCUGGCUUAUAUCGCUUAUCGCAAGGGCCAGAAUGACCUUGAGCUUAUCAACAUUACAAACGACAAUUCCAUGUUUCGAGCGCAGGCUCGGUAUUUGCUUGAGCGUGCGGAUCCUGAGAUCUGGUCGUUUGUUCUCGGCCAGAACAACGAGCACCGGAGGUCUCUUGUUGAUCAGGUCAUUGCUACUGCAGUUCCGGAAUCGAGUGAACCAGACAAGGUUUCAGUCGCUGUUAAAGCGUUCCUGGAUGCUGAUCUUCCCGCAGAGCUGAUCGAGCUGCUUGAGAAAAUUAUCCUUGAGCCAUCUCCAUUCAGCGACAACAGCAGUCUUCAAAGCUUGCUCAUGCUUACUGCGGCCAAGGCCGACAAAUCUCGCCUGAUGGACUACAUCCAGCGUCUCUCCGAGUACAAUACUGAAGAAAUUGCGAAUAUGUGUAUUCAGCAAGGCUUGUACGAAGAAGCUCUCGAGAUCUACAAGAAGGUUAAUGAUCACACAUCCGCCACAAAUGUCUUGGUGGAUCAUAUUGUUAGUAUCGACCGUGCUCAAGAUUAUGCGGAGAACGUUGAUCUUCCAGAGGUCUGGAGCAAGGUUGCCAAAGCCCAGCUUGAUGGGCUGCGAGUCACCGAUGCGAUUGAGUCUUAUAUCAAAGCACAAGAUGCAAGCAACUAUAACGAAGUGAUUGAAACUGCCACUCAUGCAGGCAAGGAUGAAGACCUGAUCAAGUUUUUGAAGAUGGCGCGAAAGACCCAGCGUGAACCAGCUAUCGAUACCGCGCUUGCCUUCAGCUACGCGAGACUUGAUCUGCUCCCGGAGCUGGAAGACUUCCUCCGGUCCUCGAAUGUCGCUGACGUGGAAGCUUCUGGAGACAAAGCGUACGAGGAGGGCUAUCACCAGGCUGCCAAGAUCUUCUUCAACAGCAUUUCCAACUGGGCCAAAUUGGCGACAACUCUUGUGCAUCUCGAGGAAUACCAGAACGCUGUCGACUGUGCUCGCCGUGCUAACAGUGUCAAGGUUUGGAAGCAGGUCAACGAGGCCUGCGUUGCUAAGAAGGAAUUCCGCCUUGCGCAAAUUUGUGGGCUGAACCUAAUUGUGCAUGCCGAGGAGUUGCAAGACCUUGUCAAGCAGUACGAGCGAGAGGGAUACUUCGAGGAGCUCAUUUCGUUGCUCGAGGCUGGCCUGGGGCUGGAACGUGCGCACAUGGGCAUGUUCACCGAGCUUGGUAUUGCCCUCUCCAAAUAUCACCCCGACCGAGUGAUGGAACACCUCAAACUUUUCUGGUCAAGAAUCAAUAUCCCCAAGAUGAUUCGCGCCACCGAGGAGGCUCAUCUUUGGCCUGAGCUAAUCUUCCUCUACUGUCACUACGACGAAUGGGACAACGCGGCCUUGGCGAUGAUGGAGCGGGCUGCCGACGCUUGGGAGCAUCACUCAUUCAAAGACAUCAUUGUCAAGGUGGCCAACUUGGAAAUCUACUACCGAGCUCUCAACCACUAUUUGCAGGAACAGCCACUGCUGCUUACCGACUUGCUGCAGGCUCUCACCGCUCGAGUGGACGUCAACCGAGUAGUACGAAUGUUUGAGAAGUCCGAUAACAUUCCAGUCAUCAAGCCAUUCCUCCUCAACGUCCAAGGUCAGAACAAACGUGUUGUCAACAACGCGAUCCAUGAUCUCCUCAUCGAGGAGGAAGAUCACAAGACCCUGAAGGACUCUGUGGAGAAUUAUGACAAUUACGACGCAGUGGAGCUUGCACAACGUCUGGAGAAGCAUGAGCUAGUUUUCUUCCGACAGAUUGCCGCGCAGAUCUACCGCAAGAACAAGAGAUGGGAGAAGUCAAUCACGCUUUCAAAGCAAGACAAGUUGUUCCGCGAUGCCAUUGAAACGGCUGCGAUUUCUGGCAAGUCGGAAGUUGUGGAGGACCUUCUAAGAUAUUUUGUUGAUAUUGGCAGCCGUGAGUGCUUCGUGGGCAUCCUAUAUGCCUGCUAUGACCUUAUUCCUUUGCAUACGGUGAUGGAGGUGUCGUGGCGACAUGGCCUGAAUGACUUCACCAUGCCGUUCAUGAUCAGCUAUAUGAGUCAACAGGCAUCAACGAUUGAACAAUUACGCAAGGACAAUGAAGAGCGCAAGGCCAGGGAAGCCAGCCAGCAACAGACGGAUGACAAUACUCCAAUUAUCGGGAGCCGCCUGAUGCUAACGCAAGGCCCUGGAAGCAGUGCACCUCACACUAAUGGUAUCACGCCUCAGCCAACCGGAUUCCCUCGGGCGUUCUGA